AUGUCAUCUCCCUCCAACGAAGCAAAUUCGGGUCGCCCGAUCGUCGUAUGUAUCCUCAUCUCUCUCUCUCUCUUUUAUUCUCAUGCUUGUCUUGAAUUUGAAGAUACUGAAUUAGAUUCACUUCAAUGUCAGCUUGGUUGUGGUCAACUCUGUCUGGAUUACUUAGUCACAGUGCCGUAUUUCCCAAUCCCCGACCAAAAGAUCCGUGGCACAAGUUUCAAGGUCCAAGGAGGUGGAGGUACUGGGAAUGCUUUGACAUGCGUUGCUCGUUUGGGUUUGGAUUCUAGAAUCUUAGCUAAGGUUGCUGAUGAUUCUCAAGGGAGAUGGAUGGUAGAGGAACUAGAAUCUAAUGGCGUGGAUACUUCCUUUUGUGUGGUAAGAUCAUUAAAAAAAAUUUGUUUUGAUGAUACAAUAUAAUAUCAAUCAAUCAGUGUAGUAUUAAAAAAAAAAAAAAUCCUUUCUUGUUCAAUCUCAGACCGCUAAAGAUGGAGCUUCACAUUUUAAUUAUGUCAUUGUAGAUAACCAAACGUGGGUAAAACAGUCUUUAGUUUAUUUUGUUGUGUGACUUGUGUCUCUCUCUGUGUGACGAACACUCGUACGUGUAUUUUCACUCCAGGGUAUCCUCCUUUCCUCCCAGAUGAUCUUACUGAAUCACUCCUUUUAGCUGUUCUUGAUGGAGUAAAAGUUCUAUAUGUAAAUGGAAGGUCUCGUGGAGCUGAAUUGCAUCUUGCCCAAAAGGCACAUAGCAAGAAUAUAUCCAUCUUAAUUGAUGCAGAGAAACUAAGGGAAGGGCUUAACGAGCUCCUUGACUUAGCUGAUUAUGCCAUUUGCUCUACUAACUUCCCUCAGGAUUGGACUCAGUCACCAUCAUCCCCUAGUGCGCUUCUCUCUAUGCUCAUUAGAUUACCGAAGCUGAAAUUUGUGAUCAUAACUUUGGGAGAACACGGUUGUAUGAUGCUCGAGAGAUGUUCCAAUGAGGUUCCAGAUUCAGAAGAAGAGACAGACAUAGAUGAACUACACGAGUCUCUCAAACAAAGCAUAGACUUAACAAGUGUCUUGCCAAUCUGCAAUUCGUCGCUAGUGACUAGACUGGCAGGGAAUGUUACAGGGAGAUUGGUUUUAGUAACAGCUGAGAAGAUACCUUCAUCGGAGCUUAUGGACACAACUGGCGCAGGAGAUGCGUUUACCGGAGCUUUGCUCUAUGGUUUGUGCACAGACAUGGCUUCAGAAGAAAUGUUGAAAUUCGCAUCUCGUGUCGCGGCUUGCUGCUGCAGAGGUUUAGGAGCUCGAACUACUCUUCCAUUCCGAAAUGAUCCAAACCUUGCAGCUUUCUUGGGGGCAUGAUCGUAAUUUUCUUUCUCCUUGACGCCUCAACAGUCAACGCGCAAGGUCGUAAAACUGCGUCUGUAUUUAUUUGUUUUAUCAAAUGUGAAAUAAAAUAGUUGUUCUCAAUAAAAUAAAAUUAUUGUUUUAAUGCCAGAUUCUCGUUUGUGUCAUCGUCGUACUUUACGUGUGUAUCAUGUGAACAAGUAAUAAGACAGAUAAUAAUACUUUGCACCACC